AUGGACGCCGUCAACUUAGACCGAUGCCCUGCUUACGCCUCCUUCUUCGGCGCCCUGGGCUGUGCGUGCGCCAUCAUCCUCACCGUCUUCGGCGCCAGCUAUGGCACUGCCAAGUCGUCCGGCGCCAUCUUCUCCUCGGGCGUGAUCCGGCCCGACAGGUUGAUGCAGAACACCCUCUGCGCCAUCAUGGCCCAAAUCAUCUCCAUCUACGGGCUGGUAGCGUCCGUCAUCAUCUCCAACAACCUCGUCGAAAAGAUGGCCCUGCACACGGCCUUUCUGCAGCUCGGCGCCGGUCUGGCCGUGGGCCUGUGCGGGCUCGCGGCCGGGUUCGCGAUUGGUAUCAUUGGUGAUGCCGGCGUCCGCGCCAGCACGCAGCAACCUCGGCUGUACGUCGGCAUGGUGCUCAUCCUCAUCUUCGCCGAGGUGUUGGGUUUGUACGGCGUGAUCGUGUCCAUCUUGAUGUUGACCAAGUCGACGCUGGGGGUUACUGAGUGUCCUUACUGAAGAGAAGGAAGGUUGAGGUAGAUGAGGGGGCGAGGAGACAGAGGCUGGGGAUCAAUUGAGGAUGUCGACAUGUUCACAAAGUGCGCAUAGUACGUGCAAAAAUAUGUACAUUUUGAAACAGCACCUAGGAGAGGUGCACACGAAAAGAAUACCUAAGGCCGCCUUCCUUCCAACCGGCCGCACGUAUUAUCUCCCCUUACCAGCUGCAAGCCAUUUCCCCCUUCUCGCGCCACCGGGCGAGAUACCGUCUCCCUCGACGCCCGUUUGAAGUUGG